AUGCCUCUCUUCGUCUUGAGCCCCGCCUCGCUCGCGCACUCUGCGCUCUUCGCCGGCUACUACUCGUACCUCUCGGCCAACGUCGUCGUCAACCGACUCAACACCAACAUCUACCUCGGAUCCACCGACUCGGACAAGGUCUACGGCCCCGGCCCGAAGAAGACCAACCACCCCGCCGAUGUCGCCAAGCUCCAGCGCGCCGUUCGUGCCCACGCCAACUUCUCCGAGUCCGCUCCCUUUGCCUUCUUCCUCAUCUUCCUCGCCGAGCUCAACGGCGCCCCCACCUCGCUCGUUCACGCCGCCUACACCACCCUCUUUGCCGCCCGCGUAGCUCACGCCAACAUCGGCAUCCAGGCUGAGAACUCGGCUGCCAUCGGUCGCCCCAUCGGCACUAUCGUUACUCUCGCUGUCACCAUCGGCGCCGGUGUCUACAACCUCAACCUCGGCUGGGAACCCCUCAAGUCGUUCCUCGGCUUCAAGUAA